CCAAAGAGUGGAAGCUGCGAGCCGGCUCUUAAAAUCAGGGUUGCGAUUCGAUUGUUUGAAACAGUCUCUCUCUUCAGAAAUUUCAGAUCCAAAAAGUACAAUUUCUUCGAAGCUCUCUCGUUGUUCGUACGAUUCACCGUCUUUAGGAAACUUACAGUGUUGGAUAUGAGAAGGUACAGCCCGCAGUACUAUAGUCCUCCGAGGAGGAGCUACGGCGGUGGCGGAGGAGGAGGAGGAGGAGGAGGUGGGCGAGGAAGGAGCCCCCCAAGAAGGCGCAAGGAGCAGAAUAAUGGAAGUCUUUUGGUCCGGAACAUUCCUCUGGAUUGCAGAGCUGAAGAGCUGAGAGCUCCCUUUGAAAGAUAUGGGGAAGUUCGGGAUGUCUACAUUCCCAAGGACUACUACACUGGGGAACCUCGAGGAUUUGCAUUUAUUCAGUUUGUGGAUUCUUAUGAGGCCGCAGAGGCUCAGUAUCAUAUGAAUGGGAAGAUUUUUGCUGGGAGGGAGAUAUCUGUGGUUGUUGCUGCAGAGACAAGGAAAAGGCCGGAGGAGAUGCGCCAAAGGACUAGGGUUAGAGAGCCAUCAGAUCAUGGUGGAAGACGAUCAUCUUAUUAUGGAGGUUCACGUUCUCGUUCACGCUCUCCACGCUAUCCAUCAGGUUCUAGAAGUCGGUACCGCUCAAGGUCCUAUUCUCCUGCUCCAAGACGCCGAGGCGACUCUAUUUCACCAAGCAGAAGGCGGCGAGACAACCCAAGAUCACCCCGAGAUCUUCCACCGGUGCGAGAUGGUGAUCGCAGACCCUAUUCUCCAGGUUAUGACAAUGUUGCUGGACCAAAUGAAAACGGUGAUGGGUAUGACAAGAAACCUAUGCGCGAAGACAAGGACGGAAGAGAUCACUGGAGGUCUCCUGAUAGAGCAUCAAGAUCGCCAUCUGGAUCUAGGUCCAGAUCUGCUGAGUUAUCACCUGCGCGCAGCAGAUGAGGAAAAAGGCUGUCAUGUGACUGCAUCAACUUCGUUCAAUGAUGUUUGGAAGAUUUUUGAAUUUUUCGGGUUUGUAAGAUCAGUAUGACGUGCUUGAGUAGUAGACUUGUGUGCGAACAUUUGGAACAAUUAAAACCUCGGUUUGGUUUCUUUGGACCGCGAAAGUUCUAUGGUUUCA